AUAACGAUACAGCGCUACCCCCAAAUCCACCCAACCGCCCCCAACCGUCAAGUGGCGAAAAAUCACCCGCAGCUGAAAACUGGAACGCAGAACAAGGAAAAAAUGCUCAAAUCGGAGGUUCAGCACCAGUUCUGGGUCACCAAGAAGGUGGUGCAGCGCAAACUCGGGACGAAGGAGGACAAGCACGUAAUAUCCUCCGACGCGGAGCUGGACUCCAAGAUCGAGGUGUUCAAAUCGAUAUCGGACACCAGCUUGAACCUUUGCAAAAUCAUCGACCAAUACCAGGAGCGCCUUUGCAUCCUAUCGCAGGAGGAGUGCGUCUUUGGGCGGUUUUUAAAGGAGGCGGGGAAGAGGAGCAGAACGACGGGCGGAAGUAUUGCCCACACGGGCAAGGCAGUGUCCUUCGCCGGACAGCAAAGGAUGUGCGUGCGGGUGCCGCUGCUGCGACUCCAGCACGAGGUGGAUGUCUUCAGGUGCCGGGCAGUGAAGGACACCGAGCAGACCCUCCAGUCGAUGGAGAAGGAGCGCACGGAAUACCGAGCGGCUCUAUCCUGGAUGAAAUCAGCCAGCCAGGAACUGGAUCCGGAUACGGGCAAGGGUCUGGACAAGUUCCGCACGGCACAGACCCAUGUGCGAGUGGCCAAGCAUAAUUUUGAUGGCUACUCCAUGGAUUCCAUUCAAAAGAUUGAUUUACUGGCCGCCGCCCGCUGCAAUAUGUAUUCCCAUGCCCUAGUGGCCUAUGUGGCCGAACUGAAGAGCUUUGCCCAGAAGGCCGCCUCCACAUUCCAGACCAUAUCCAAGGCGCUAAUCAUUAAACCCAAGUACGAUUUCUGUGUGCUGAAGGAGCUCUCGCAAAAUGAAGGACCCAGCGAGGAAGUGCCGCCCAUUGAAGCCGUGGACAAGGAUCAGUCGCUGUUCUUUGCCAACGAGUACCAGGACAAGCUGGAACCCCAGCCAGAAGCUAAGGAGCCCGAAGAGGGAGAACCAAGUGAAACUGCCACUGCCUGCGGCGACAAUGAAUCCUUGCUGAUUGAGCUCUCCAAGCAGAUGGAAGACAGUCCGCUGAUUGAUGCGCCUUUGGAUGAAGAACAAUCUGCCCAAAACAGCGGCAACACCAAGUUAUGGUCGCGUUUGUUCAGUCAGCAGAACCAACAACCCUUACCAAGCCAGCCAGCGAAGGAUUCCAAAGCAGUUGGCGGUCAACCCUCCACGACGGCCGGAAAAAUACAGUCCACCAACAAUCCCUGGCUGGAUCUCUUCGCCGACUUGGACCCACUAGCCAAUCCGCAAGCCUUCGAUCUGAAAAUGAGCGGCGGACGCAGUGUGGCUGAGCAGACAUAAGAAUACCCUCCCGUACAGAACAUAUAUAUCUUGAUCUUGGUAUACCUGCGGCAACUAGCUAGUCAAAAUGGAGAAACUUUGGAUGUAACUUUUCGCUAAACGUUCAAAAACUUUUUAUGUUUUAUUUAAAUAAAAUUUAUAUGGGACACAGCA